AUUAUGAUUUCAAAUAAGACAUUGGGUUUAUUUUUUGAUGUGUGAGCCUAACGAGUUGAUUUAACACGCACAACAACCGUGUUUUCGUUUGGCGGGAAAUUUUACUAUACGUCAGUGGGCGCAGCUUGAGCUCGCGGGAGCUCCAGAACUUAUUCAUCCUGCCCCUGUCACACAAGCGAUCAGUCUGUCCAGCCUCUGAGAGGUGCACAAGCGCACAGCCUUCAUUACAUUUCACAUCACUUUCCAUUUGAUCGCGACUCUGAUUCCACUUAUGCGUCAAGCGACCGGAGUAAUCUGUUGGAUUUUAAUUCUUGCAUCUUAUUUUUUAUUGUCUUUUCAUUGCAUUGCGUCUCGAAAGAAGCCAUUCUGAAGCUGCAUUUGUCAAAUACACGUGUCAAAAUGCCGGUGAGUGCGAGUUUGGCGUAUAAAAACUACGAUUACGACUACGACUCCAUCCAACCAUAUUUCUACUUCGACAACGAAGAUGAGGAUUUCUAUCACCAUCAGCAAGGACAGACUCAACCUCCAGCUCCCAGUGAGGACAUUUGGAAGAAAUUCGAGCUUCUGCCCACACCACCCCUCUCGCCCAGCCGGAGACAGUCGCUCUCCACCACCGAACAGCUGGAGAUGGUCAGCGAGUUCCUGGGAGACGACGUGGUCAACCAGAGCUUCAUCUGCGACGCGGACUACUCCCAGUCCGUCUUCAAGUCCAUCAUCAUCCAGGACUGCAUGUGGAGCGGCUUUUCCGCCGCUGCCAAGUUGGAGAAAGUGGUUUCCGAGAGACUGAAGUCCCUGCAUGCUGCGAGGAAGGAACUGAUUUCUGACAGCAGCUCGAAUCGACUCGAUGCAAGUUAUUUGCAGGAUCUGAGCACCUCGGCAUCAGAAUGCAUCGACCCCUCCGUGGUCUUUCCUUAUCCCCUCACUGGGUCCUGCAAAAUUAGCAAGGUUGCACCAUCGCAGCCCAUGCUGGUCCUGGACACUCCACCUAACAGCUCCAGCAGCAGUGGCAGCGAUUCAGAAGAUGAUGAUGAAGAGGAGGAGGAGGAGGAGGAAGAAGAGCAGGAGGAGGAGGAGGAAGAAGAAGAAGAAGAGGAAGAAAUUGAUGUGGUGACAGUGGAAAGGCGACAGAAAAGGAGUGAGACGGAGGUGUCGGAUUCGAGGCACCCCAGUCCCCUGGUGUUGAAGCGCUGUCACGUCUCCACCCACCAGCACAACUACGCCGCCCACCCCUCCACACGGCACGACCAGCCGGCUGUCAAGAGGCUACGACUGGAAACCAGCAACAGCAGCAGCAGCAGCAACACCAACAGGCACGUGAAGCAACGCAAGUGCUCGAGUCCCCGAACGUCGGAUUCUGAGGACAAUGACAAGCGCAAGACUCACAAUGUGCUGGAGCGCCAGCGCAGAAACGAACUCAAACUCAGCUUUUUUGCACUACGGGAUGAGAUUCCCGAGGUCGCGAAUAACGAGAAAGCCGCUAAAGUGGUUAUCCUAAAGAAGGCGACAGAGUGCAUCCAUAGCAUGCAGAUGGAUGAGCAGAGGCUGCUGUCCAUCAAGGAACAGCUGAGGCGAAAGAGCGAACAGUUAAAACACAGGCUGCAGCAGCUGCGGAGUUCACAUUAAUGAAUCUGUGUCACAAGAGUUCGAAAAGACUUUUAAAGAACCCCACCCCCGAGCUUUUUUAUGCAAGUUAAAGACUGUUGCUGUCUAUAGUUGUGAUGAUGUUGCAUGUCCAAAGCGUUCUUUUUCUUUUGAAUAUUGUCAGUUCUUUCCAUGUUCGAAACUGCCGAACGUUUAAAAUUGAAGGCGGUUAAAAUAAUUUGUAUUUAAGUCAUUUAUUUUUAUUAAGAAAAUAAGAAAAAAAAAACAGGGCUACACAACCCUAAAGUAAAAAUCUUUUGUAUGUUUUUGUAUAUAAUGAAUUAAUAUUUCCUAAGAAAGGUAUUUUUGGAUCUGUAUCAGCUAUUGUGUUCUCAUAAACCAUAUUCUGUUUCACUAUAUGGUUUUUCCAUGUUUUCACUUAAUCAUAAAUGAUUUUUUUUUUUUCUGAACUUGACUCUUUUGGUCUCUUUGCGCUGAUCUCCUCAUUCACAGAUCAGACACUGUGGGGACUAUUAAUGCUUUGCUUGUUAGUUCACUUUGUUUUAUAUCACAUAUUGUUAAUCAUUUCAGGGAUUUCCCAAGUUAUAAAGGUCAGUAAGUUUU